GUGGACGUCUCUUCACUCCUGUGUAUCGCCUCCUCAGCUAAUAUAUAUACACUCCCCACCACCAUUACUCAUACCAAAUUUAUAGGAUCCCAGUGACUAAAAUAAAUUCAUUUUCGUUUUUCUUUACCAAACAAAAAGAAAAUGUCACUAACCAUUAGGCUACACCAUGUGAGCAGUGCCUCAAUUGCCACAGCCACAGUCAAGAAAAGCCGUUACGCCGCCCAAUUCCACUCCAAAACCAUAUACCAUUCCAACCAAUUGGCCCCACUUGCAUUUCCUCACAAAAAGAUUCAAUCUUUGUCAAAAUCUCACGAUCCCGCGGUGAUGGUGAGAAGCUCCCUGAUAGAGCCGGACGGCGGCGCGCUGGUGGAUCUCGUGGUGCCGGAGAGCCAGAGGGCGGCCAAGAUUGCCGAGGCGGAGGCGCUGCCGAAGGUGAGGCUGGGAAAGAUUGAUGUGGAGUGGGUGCAUGUGGUGAGCGAGGGGUGGGCGAGCCCACUCAAGGGUUUCAUGAGAGAGGAUGAGUAUUUGCAGAGCUUGCAUUUCAAUUGUGUGAGGAUGGAGGAUGGCACUUUGGUGAAUAUGUCUUUGCCCAUUGUGUUGCCAAUUGACGAUGACGUCAAGGCCCAAAUUGGGGAUUCCACCAGUGUUGCAUUGGUUGGGACUGAUGGUGAUUUGCUUGCGAUUCUUAGCAGCAUUGAAAUAUACAAGCACAACAAAGAGGAAAGAAUUGCAAGAACAUGGGGAACCACAGCUCCAGGAUUACCUUAUGUUGAGGAGGUGAUUACUGCUGCUGGAAACUGGCUCAUAGGAGGAGAUCUUGAAGUGCUAAAGCCUAUCAAGUACAAUGAUGGACUUGAUCACUACAGGCUUUCUCCAAAGCAGCUUCGUGAUGAAUUUGACAGACGUAAUGCGGAUGCAGUCUUUGCUUUUCAGCUGAGAAAUCCAGUGCAUAAUGGCCAUGCUUUGCUCAUGAAUGACACUCGUAGGAGGCUUUUGGAAAUGGGUUACAAGAACCCAAUUCUCUUGCUUCAUCCUCUGGGAGGUUUUACUAAGGCUGAUGAUGUUCCACUCGAUGUUCGCAUGGAACAACAUAGCAAGGUGCUCGAAGAUGGGAUUCUAGAUCCCGAAACUACGAUCGUGUCUAUCUUCCCUUCACCAAUGCAUUAUGCUGGACCAACUGAAGUUCAGUGGCAUGCAAAGGCACGAAUCAAUGCAGGCGCAAAUUUCUACAUAGUAGGGCGUGAUCCUGCUGGUAUGGGUCACCCGACAGAGAAGAGGGACCUGUACGAUCCAGAUCAUGGGAAGAAGGUGCUUAGUAUGGCUCCUGGUCUCGAAAAGUUGAACAUCCUGCCAUUCAAGGUUGCUGCAUAUGAUACUGUAGCAAAGCAGAUGGCAUUUUUUGAUCCCUCUCGUGCUAAAGAAUUUCUCUUCAUUUCUGGAACUAAGAUGAGAGCCUUUGCAAGAAGUGGCGAGAAUCCACCCGACGGUUUUAUGUGUCCCGGUGGAUGGCAAGUGUUAGUGAGAUACUAUGAGAGCCUGCAGGCUGAGGAUUCUCCAAAGAAGGAGGCAGUCAAUGCUUAAAACUAUCACCUCUUUCAUCCAAUUGCAAGUGUGAGAUGAUUGAUCAAACUUUCCCUAGUUUUGUCUCUUGAUUUCUAAGAUUGAUUUUUGUUCUCACUUGGUAGAUGAAAAUAUGGCAUCAUGAACAAGUGCUUACAGUUUAGGCCAAUCAUCUGAUCCAAUUUUCCUAUCUUUCACCCUUUUACAUUAUGUGAAUUGGAGCUCUUAACUAGGAAAAUUAUUGCUUUCCAAUAUGUAGAGACUUACAUAGAUAAGUUUCACUAUCAAUUGAUCUUGGAUGAACAAAUACAGUGAUAUGCAUACUGCAUUUAUAGUUA